UCCAAUUUGGUUUAUACACACGAUAGUUAUGUUGGACUUGAAACUAUUUACCAAGUCGUUGUCAUUACCACAAUUGUGAUAAUUGUGUUGAUAGAAUGUGUCCGAUUAUAUUUAGGAUACUCAGGAAAUUUGGAAGAAAAGAUACCUGAUUUGGCUGGUUUUUGGAUGCUAUCGUUUCUAAUACAAUUUCCACUACAAACUUUUUUAACUUUUAAUCCAAAUUUUAAUCAAUUCAUUACCGAGAUAGUACUACAAACUAUAAUGAUAAUUCUGUUAUUGACGGAAUUAUUUACAGGAUAUUUCGCUUUAAGAACUGCUGCGAAGCAUCAAGUUAUGCAAUUUCAAUUGCAGCAAUUUUCUUCUGGUAGAGAAUCUAAUAAAAAUGAGUAAAAUUUAUUCCAAACUAUGCCAACGAAAUGCGGAAAGUCGGAACUAUUAUAACCGAUCAUAAGCCAUCACUAAGAUAACUAGU